ACCAAAACCAGGAAAUGUCACAAAUAUACAGCCAUUUUAAAGCGAUGCUGUAAUUUUUUUCCUGCGGUGUUUUACUGAUCACAAAAUCGGUUAAAUAUCUCACAGAGAGUGUAUGCGUUCUUUGUGCUGUAGGGUCACCAUGCAAACCCGUGAGACACUCUUACCGUAGUUUGUUAGGUUUUCAGCAGGCGUGUGAUAUUCGCUAUUUCUUUGGAUCAAGCGCUGCUUGAAUAUAUGGGAACAUGUCAAAGAAAAAGGGCAGGAAGCGCAGUAGCGGGGAGCUGAGCGACUCGGUGACCCCCGACCCAGGCAGCAUCCUGGGCUUGCGGAUCCAGCACACCUGGCGGGAGAAGGGGGCGCUGACCAAGUGGAAGGGGACGGUCCUGGACCGGCUGACCGUCAACCCCUCGCUCUUCAUGGUGAAGUACGACGGCUUCGACUGCAUCUACGGCAUCGAGCUUUUCAAAGAUGAGCGGGUCUCGCAGCUCCAGGUCCUGAGCGAGAAAGUGGUGAAUACGAAGAUCAAGGUCCCUGAGGAUGCGGAGGAGCUGGUGGGGAAGGCAGUGGAGCACCUCUUCGAGAAGGAGGACGGUGAGAAGAACGAGUGGAGGGGCAUGGUGCUGUCCCGGGCGCCCAUCAUGACAAACUGGUACUACAUCACCUACGAGAAGGACCCCGUGCUCUACAUGUACCAGCUGUGGGACGACUACGAGGACGGAGACCUGCGCAUCCUGCCCGAAGCAGAAAACAGGCACCUGCUGCCAGCGGACCGCAAGCCCGGGGAGGAGCCGGAGAGCCUGGUGGGUAAGCAGGUGGAGUACGUCACUGACAAGGGCGUGAAGAGGACCGGGCUGGUCAUCUUCCAAGUGCCGGCCAAGCCCUCCGUCUACUACAUCAAAUACGAUGACGAUUUCCACAUCCACGUGUACGACCUGGUCAAGACUUCCUAAAGGGAUUCCAAGCUGCACUUUCCCCAUUGGUUUAGACCUCCCUACCCCCCUACCCACGCCCCUGGGGAGUGCUCCUAAAGAAAGGCACUGAGCUGUAGAACACUGGAGGGUUCCGCCAGUAGAAUCUGGUUGCCCCAGCAACAGCCUUUGAGUUCUGUUCCCCCCCCCCCACUAAAGUCUAGCCGGCCCAGGAUUGCUUUCCCUGAUCAAUGAAAGUAGAUGGGGAUUUUGCAGCUUAGUAACAGUGCAGUUACCACUAACUCUAUAUAUGUUUUCUUCUUGUAAUCAGAGUAAGAAGCAUGCUGUUAACCUCCACUCCGAGAAAAAAAAAAGCUACUGUUUUUAGAUUAUACAAUAAUUGUAUAACUCUGUUUUUUUUUGUUUUUUUUUUGUGAAUAUAAUGCUAGGAAGGGAUUUCAGUAUGAAGUGGGACAGUAUAGUAAACUUCAAAAAAGAAAGUUUAACAGGCAAACUGAGUAUCUGUUCAGCUCUCUGGCAUUUUAUAUUGGCUUUACGGAAAUAAUUUAUUUAUAUAUUUGGAGUAGCGUGAAGAUUUAGUCGCAGGGAGUUGUGUACAAUUCUAGCUUUCAAAAUGUUUUCUUAACGAUGUGCUUAUGUACAGUAGUAGGGCUGCGGUUUGUAAGAGAACUGGUUCCUGGCCCUGGCAAGCGAAGUCAACCUUUUUUUUUAAUUUCAUUUGUUUGGCAUGUUUGUUUAGAAAGAAAGAAAGCAAGCACUUAAAUAACUUUGAAGCAGAGCUCUGGUUCGGAAACGAUGGACAGUCUCACCGGCAAAUACGCCCACUAAAUUCUUCGUGUUAAACCAGUAGCGGCCCUUUUCAGAUAAAGCUGCUGUCCCCCCGAAUCUCAGCCUUGUACCUCUGUUCCUGCUUGCAGCCCUGCUGGGUGCUCAGACUGAGUCCUGAAUGAAGCUGCUUUACAGAAGGGGGAGGCUUUGGAGCCGUGCCUGUUAAAAGUGGUUCCUGGGGCGCGGUUCCGAUAAUGAAGCAUGCUUCUAGUUUAAUUGUCCAGCUGGCUGGACGACAAGCACGAAGCCAGUGCGUUCUGAAGUAGGUGUAAUAGGGUCCUGAAAGGAUAGAAACACAUGCAGUGAAGCUAUAAAGCAGACAAGCGUUUCAUGCAGUGCUGCCUUCGCUGUGCUUUUACCUUGUGCACCAGUCAAAACCCAGAUUAGAAGUAAUCUUGGACUACCUAAUGCUACCUUAGGUACAGUAAGGUAGCCCAAUAUUCGUUUGAAUCAGGGUCUGUUAAAACGCCCAUGAGUUAUAUAUAUUGAGAGAGAGAGAAUAGCAAACGGCUCCAUAUCCAAGGAGAAUCAGGAUCCAAUGUUAUAAAUACUUCUUCGUUAUAUAUAUAUAUAUAUAUAUAUAUAUAUAUAUAUAUAUAUAUAUAUAUUCUUUUCUAGUUUAGUAUUUAUGGAAGUUUUUCCUGUUGCAAGACUUGUUAACCCCACUUGUUAAGUAGCGCCCCCUGGUGGGAAAGGGGAGUAGUGCAGCUCCCCACAGCCUGUGCUGUUACAGACAGUUUGAUAGUGUUCACCAAGCCUUUAAAACACCAUGGAUGACCUCUAAUUAGCAUGGUGAUUAAAGCCUAGGUCAUCUUCUAUAAUCCACUGGGCUCCCUAGAUCUCGUCUAGAAAAGCUGAACACGCUGCCUGUUGGUAUAUUACUUAUCGCUUUAACUAACGGGAAGGAAAAAAACAAAAAAUAAUUGAGCAGCCUGUCUUGGUUCUGCCUGUGUGUAGUAAAGCUUUUGUAUUUAUUAUUUAUGUUGCUUAAUGCCAGGUGAGGUUCAGAAGCCUAUCAGUCUGGUAACUUAAUGAUUUAUUUUUUCAAAGACUAUAUGUGAUAUCGUAAUAUCCGUCACAAGUUAAUUAUCAAGAUCCUGGGAAAACAGAAUUCCCACUGUCCUCAGUGGGAUUUGAAUAUAUGAUCCACCUGGAAAGGUAUAGUCGCAUCAAAGCAGGAGGAACUGCGUUAGCAGCUCCGACUCGAACUCGGAUCCCUUUAGUACAGCACUGUGUAAAGCAUGGAUUCGUUUGCCUGAGCUCCACAAUCAAACUGGUCACACUCUCGCUCAGCUUGUGUGAGAAGUCACGUACAUUAUUGACAGUGACAGUUUUAACUGCACGCUAAACAAAAAGCUUUUAAAUAAUAAAAAAAAGAACCAGUGCUUUUUCAAUAAGGUAGACGUUUCCAAAAAUUAAAAUCUCAGGAUUUUAAAAGUUUAAUAAUAAUAAUAAUAAUAAUAAUAAUAAUAUAAACACACUCUCCUAAGGUAUGGAGUUAACACAAAAUAUGUGUCUAAACAAAUAUUUCAACAGUGAAUAUAAUUAAUCUGAAGGUAAGUUGCUGGUAUACACUUGAGAUCUGACUUUGAAAAGAAAGCACCCACAAACCAGUUUUGUAUACAGCAGUAUGGCAUACCGGGACAGACCAUCCAUUCGUGGGGUUUUUGUGAUGUAUCUGCACUGCAGUGUUGUGUAUCGGCUUGCAGAGAUUUGAAAGCAUCGAGAUGCUCACAUCUUAAGAGUACGUAGUUUCAAACAUCAUGUUUACAUUUACAUGUCAUUAUCUUUCCUUGUGUCUGCGUGUUCUGGAAGUUCAUAACCAGGGAAGGUUACAAAAGAAAAGAAAAACUUUAAACUGGUGUUUGAAGCUGUUUAUUCUUUAAGGGUUUUUAAUACUAGGGCUGUGCCGACAGUCGCACUGAUAAAUGUCAGCGUCCCGGAUGAGAGGAAAAUUCACUUCCAGACGGCUUUAAAACACUCCCUGCGGAAGUGAAUUGUCGUUGAUUGGUAGUCGAUUGUAAAGGUGAGGGAAGGACCGCUUUUCUUGUUUUGAAAUCAACAUGUUAUUGAAUGGGUGUUAAACACGUCUUGAAGUCAAUUCCGAGUAUGAGUAUCGGCACACCCCUAAUUAACACUUUCUCUUUUCGCUGCUUCACCAAAGCUGUAUUUGGGGUAGUUUGUAAAGUCUUGCAUUCACCAUUUAAUAUGUUAUUGUAUUAUGAAGCUGUCGUUAAGAAUAAAAGAGAUAUUUUUUUGCA